GAGUUUGGGGCCGCGGUUGGUGGGCAAAUUUUCUUGGGGCGAUUCAGUAUUAUUUCGAUUGUCAAUCAGUUUACUUCGUGGAAAGUCAAGUGCUCGCCGUUUAAUUAGCCCCCACUCGAGCUCUUUUAUGUUUGUAUGUACAUAUUUAUCCAACGAAUGCAAGUGACCGACGUCCAAAGAGCAACGUACGGGAUACGGAGCUUCGACAAAGGCUUCCCGCUUUCAGUGGUCCGGUGACUUUCGCCGGAGUAGUGACUCCGUCCCAGAAAGCGAGCUAAACAAAAAGCCCCCAGCCGCUCGUAAAAAAGUGUCAUGAGACAAUAAAGGAACUUUAAGAAAGAAAGGAAAAGCGACGAGAAGAGUGGAGCUCCUUUGUUGCAUCUCUGGAAGAAUCAGUCGGCUCCGAAGCAAAGUAGAGAGCGAUGACGGAAAGCGUGGAGCUGAUGAACAAGUACGGCGAGCCAUUGCGCUACGACCGGAACUUCACGGGACCGAGGCAGAGGGAUCGCAGCUGCACGGAUGUGCCCUGCCUGCUGCUAUUCGUCCUCUUCCUGGGCGGAUGGGCCUUCAUCGCCCAGUACGCCAUCAAGAACGGCGACCUCAACAAACUGCUGGUGCCCACGGACUCCUUUAACCGGAAGUGCGGCAUAGACUCCGGAGUGCUGAACAAGGAGAACCUGUUCUUUUUCGACUUGAAUCGGUGCAUCGAUCCAAUUGUACCCAUCACUGGAUGUGACACUCCACAGGUUUGUGUGGAGACUUGUCCCCGAGAGACCUUCGUCUGGGAUACUAUGAAGGACAAACUUAGUUUUGCGGAGCUGCAUAGUCGACUCAUCUGCCUAUCGGAGGAGCACAAGGCGCAGAUCCACACCAAAUCGGACAUUCAGGAUGCCAUUAACCAGAACCAGUGCGCACGCUGGUACAUCAAGAGUGCUCCAUUCCUCAAACGAUGCCUCUUCGAGUUCUCGCAGGGCGUGUGUGAUUAUAUUCCCUCGUUCUGGCUGAACGGGGGAAGGUCGAGUCGGGAGCUGCAUCUGUUGCCCGGAAACGCCACCACAGAAGUUCAACUGCAGGCCGAUGUCAUGUACCAGAGUAUGACGGAGGCCCAGGCUCUCGUUGUUCCACAGUCGAAUGGCAAACAGACUCCAGUGGACGAGGGACCGAUCAUCCAGUGUAAGCGCAGACUCAACGAGGCUGUCAUCAAGGAGAAGAUGAUGCAUACCGACACUAGGCUGGCCAAGCUUGUGGGUAACAUGGUGGCGCACUUCUACAAUGGCACAAACGACGCCCAGCUCUUGGGAGAAAAGAUUGUCGAGGAUCUUGUCAACUCCUGGUCGAUCGUUUUGGUGGCUUGCUUCUGCACCCUGGUAGCCUCACUGAUCUACAUCGCUCUAAUGCGCUGGCUCUCGGCUCCGAUCCUCUGGUUCUCCAUCUUCGGCGUGCUAAUCGGCUUGCUGGUGGGGAUUUACUUCUCCGUAAAGCAGUACAUCCACUGGGAGAAGACGCCUACGGUUCCCGUACACGGCUUGAAUCUGCACUCCACGGUCAAGAAUGUACUGCAGAGCCAGAACACCUGGCUCUACCUCUCCAUCUUCGUAGGCGUGUGCUUCGUGGUUAUCCUGUUGCUGGUAAUUGUGCUAAGAAAGCGCAUCCGGAUAGCCAUCGCCCUAACCAAGGAGGGCAGCAAGGCGGUGAGCAGCGUGAUCAGCACCGUGUUCUUCCCCAUCUUCUCCUGGAUACUCUUCAUUGCCGCCAUAGCGUUUGCCAUUGGCGUGGGCCUGUAUCUGGGCUCAAUUGGAGAUCCUUCGUUUAGAAUGGUGCGGCAGCUGACGAAAAGUGGCGAAGUGACCACCGAGGACUGCGUCUGCGAAGGUCCAGCCAUCAACUACUCAGUGGGCGGAUCCUGCAAGCCGGAAGUGUUCCAGCAAUAUUGCAGCGUUCGGCUGACCUCAUUUUUGCAGAACCGGAACCCUUGCUUGAACACCACCUGCAGCUUUGACUCGAUUAACAAUCCAAUCGAGAUUAAGUGGGCCUUCUUCUACAACGUCUUCGGCUUCCUCUGGCUGAGCUUCUUCAUCUCCGCCUUUAGCUACAUGGUGCUGGCCUCAACCUUCGCCCGAUGGUACUGGACCUUUAAAAAGAGAGAUGUGCCCUACUUCACCCUCACAAGGGCAUUCUUUCAAACUGCUGUCUACCAUCUGGGCACAGUGGCCUUCGGUUCGCUCAUCCUGGCCAUCGUCCGGCUGAUCCGUCUGGUGCUGGAGUACAUCCACGAGAAGCUGAAGAAGUACGACAAUGCGGUGACACGAGCCAUCCUCUGCUGCAUGCGCUGCUUCUUUUGGCUGUUGGAGACCUUCUUGAAAUUCCUCAAUCGGAAUGCCUAUAUCAUGUGCGCCAUUCACGGCAAGAACUUCUGCUCCAGUGCCGCGGACUCGUUUAACCUGAUUAUGAGGAACUUCCUGCGUGUAGUGACGCUGGAUCAGGUCACGGACUUUUUGUUCUUUUUGUCGAAACUGCUGUUAACCGCAGGGGCGGGGGCGUCCACCUACUACUUCCUGGACAAUAAUCCGACCAUUAUUCGGCUAAAUUACAUCGCAGUGCCUACCACGGUGGUGGUAAUUGCCGCCUUCCUCAUAACGAGCGUGUUUUUCGGUGUGUACUCGACGGCAGUGGACACACUGUUUCUGUGUUUCCUGGAGGACUGCGAGCGCAACGACGGCUCGCCGGAGAAGCCGUUCUUCAUGUCCAAACAGCUAAUGAAGAUUCUGGGCAAGAAGAACAAUCUGCCGCCGCGUCAGCGCCGCGGAAAGUAGGAGAACGGAACGGAAGUGCAAAUAAUAAGUUAAAUUAAAGGAUAUAUAUAUAUAUAUAUAUUUAUUAUAGCCCAAAAACGAAACGAUCGGGGUUGUGAGCGAUUGCUCAACCGGCUGCAAUUGGGUUUGCAUAAGAUGCACGCUCCUUUGCCAAUACUCUUAAUCUUUAAUCUAGUGUAUAUAAUACGCCAGUAACCGUAUCCAUAUGUAAAGUUUUUUAUGCGGCUAGACUUGUGAUAGGCGCGGACCAUAAAGACCAAAAGUAAUACCAUACAAUAACUUGUAUACAGAGACACAAAAGUACACAUCUCACAUUCAUGCAGUUUAGGUUAACGAUAUUGAUUAUAAUUUUCGAAUUUAAUAAAAAUGAAUUCAUUGAAGUCACA